GGCCCCCGCAUCCUGAGUGAAAGUGGUUCGGUCCAAUAGUGAAGGCGAAGCUGCAAAAAAGAACGAUUUGUUUUCAAGGAGAGGAAGAAGCGUCGCCGACAUUCAGUGCGGCUGCAUCGCUUCAAACAGAAACGGUUUGAACAUUUCUAACUGCUCGCUGCUCUGCCGGCCCGCCAUGGCUCUGUGCGGGGGUGUCGGAGCCAUGGCUUUACCCAGCGAGCUCAUCGUCCACAUCUUCUCCUUUCUGUCCGACCGGGACAAGCUGCGGGCCUCGGCCGUGUGUUCCCGCUGGAGGGAGUGCCUGUUUUACCCCGCGCUGUGGACCGAGCUCAAACUGCGGAUAGGCGGCUGUAACGGCUCCGGCUCCGAUGAGACGGCCAAGCUGGAGUUCCUCAUGCGGAAGUUCGGCUCCUUCGUGCGGGAGCUGCAGCUGGAGCUGGCGCCGGUGGAGGGGAACCUCAGCCCGCUGAGCAACGACCCGACGGCCGCCAGGAUGGAGCAGCCUCCCGGCGGCCAGGAGGCGCACCAGCGGUGGAGGGACGCCAUGGCCACCUACUUGGACCAGGUGUUGUGUGUGUUCACCGGCAUCCGCAACAAUAGAAACCUGCAGAAGCUGAGUCUGUACGGAGACACCUUCAUCCUGCAGCAGGACGGACCGCUGGACAUGUCCAGCCUGCAGCAGGUCCACCAGGGGGAGAAGAAGAUUAACGAGGUCCAGCAGCUGUUCAUGGAGCUGCUGUCCAACAGCCGUCAGCUGCGCUGGCUGUCGUGCAGCUUCAUGCUGGGUGUGGCGACGUCCUGCUCCCUCUCCUGCCUCUCCAACCCUGCAGCCGAGACGCUGCAGCACCUCAGCUUACUGGACCACCAGCUGGGCCCCCUGGUCUCCCCCUCAGAGCUGGACCGGCUCUCCAACCUUCACUCUCUUGCUCUGGAUUUCUGCGACUUCACGCCGGAGCUCUGUGGUCUGCUGGCAUCGCCACGACGAGCUCCCCUCCACCGCCUGUCGCUGCUGCUCAACGGCGCCGCCCUGGAGUUCAAAUCGCUGGAGGGCACGGCCACAGAGGACGACUGGAAGGCGCUGGUCCGGGUCAGCGCCAACCUGCGCGUUUACAUGAUGGCUCUGGAGGUGGACAGCUCGGAGCUGCUCCGCGUCCUGAAGCCCAGCCUUCCUCUGGAGCGCCUCCACCUGGACAGCUACAGCACGCUGGUGACGGACGGCGCCCUGGAGCUCAUCUCCCAGCAGUACAACAGAACCCUGACCCACUUCCUGCUGCUGAGGGACGGGCCCGGCUUCCCCGACCUCAGCGUCAACCGCAACGAGGACCCACUGGUGCUGCUGGCGUGGCGCUGCACCCAGCUGGCCGUCCUGGUGAUCCAUGGUUACACCGUGUGGUCCCAUAACCUGGUGGCCAUCUCCCGCCUGCGCGGCUCCAGCCUGCGCGUCCUCACCGUCUCUGAGGAGAGCGUGGACUUCGACCCGGACCAGUCCCUCUACGUGGAGGGCGACCCGGUCCACAACCUGGUGAAGGAAGUUUCUCUGGGCCUCGGCCGCGUCUGGCGCCCCUGCCUUGACUCCGCCGUGGUUCUGUCUGAACCCACCCAACACUUCCACCGCGAGCUGCGCGCCUUCAGCGCCGGCAUGUAGCGGCGCCGGACGGACCAGACCAGCUGGAAACACAGCAGACCUGAGUAAACCAUGCAGAACUCACAGGAUCGGCUUUUAUUUUAGUUUUUAUUUCUGAUCAUUAAAUUUGCUUCAGUCUUUUUUUUAUUUUUUAUUUAGAAAUUGGAACAAAUUCCUUCAUAAAACCAGAUUUUAACUAGUCAGUUGAAAUGACUUUGUUCAGUCUGGGCUCAUCUAGUCAGGUCUGAUCCGGUCUGAUCUAAUCUGUGCUCGACUGAUCCGGUCUGGUCUGAUCGACUGAUCCGGUCUGGUCUGAUCGACUGAUCCGGUCUGGUCUGAUCUGUGCUCGACUGAUCCGGUCUGGUCUGAUCUGUGCUCGACUGAUCCGGUCUGGUCUGAUCUGUGCUCAGCUGAUCUGGUCUGGCCCACAGUGGGAUCAGUUCUUAUUCCAACACCCUAACACCCUGCAGAGCCUCUGUGUGAUGUAACUCUGAUCCCUGUUAGUUUUUUGCCCCCCCCCUGUGUGUUCUCUGUUUGUUUACUUCGUGGUGACCUUUCACCCCCCCCAUGUGUUUGAACACAGAUGCGUUGUAAUCCUGCUCAGAUGCAGCAGGUUGGUGAUGGAGGCCGACUGCUGCAGCUGCUUUUUGUUUCAGGUGGGGGUGUUAUGUUUUAUGAUCUGACUGGUUAUUGAAUGUGUUAUUUUUUGGUAUUUUAAGGUCAGAGGUCAUUUCUUAGGGCGUGUCAGGCGGUGUUACAGAGAGUUUUGUUACUUCCUGGUGAGCCUCCAGCUGAUCAGAACCAUCCGAUGUUCUGAUUUUACCUUUCACAGCCGGCUGACUCCAGAUCUCGUUUUAUUCUUGACGAGUCGAGUUCCCGGCGUGUAAAACUGUUUGGACCGGAGCAGCCGCUGGGUUCUGCAGGCCCGGUUCUGAAGAGCUGGAACGCUGAAUGUAAACUGGGCUGGGCUUCAUGCGUCACAGAUUCCUUCCUUUAUUUUUUCUGGAACCUGCAGCACAUUAAUGGUUCUGGUUGCGCCACCUCAGGGUUCGGGUCGGGUCGGCCUGCGGCGUCGCUCUGAUGCUGAUGAGUGGGAUGUGCAAAACAAUCACUUUUCUUUUCCUUUUAUGUCACAGUUGCCUUGGAAACGGCUCCACGUUCUCCAGUGUAGUAGAUUAGAUGUCGUGCAUCUGGCCAUCAGACCGGACCCUUUGGCCCGGUCCGGUCCGUUCCGAGGCCCAAAGAACCUAAUCAUACAUUUGUUUUCAACGAUUAAGGUUGACGGAGAGACUCUGACGGCGGGACGUUCUCCUCCAGAUGUCUUCAGACUGCAGAGAUCCAAACCUGGUUCUGAACUUCCAGAACUUUACCGGCUGCAGAAAAGCCCCGGCGCCAGCAGCAACUGGGUCGUGGUUGCCAUGGUUUCCAGCUUGGUCUGGUACCUAGACUGAACGGAGCACUGCACACUGACGGCUCAGGAUGGUUGCCAUGGUGCUCUGGUAUCAGCUGGGUGAAAGAGGUCAGAGGUCAGAGGUCAGGGUCUUUUCCUCUCCGUCUUGUAAGAAUCUGAUUUUUGCAGCUUCACUUUCGCUUCCUGCUGCGGUCGGCUCAGACAGGAAGUCAGACUGAGUGAAAAUCAGUUCCUGUUGUUCUGUGGGAACAGAUCAGCGCCGACAGCCCGACUCGGCCCGGUCCGACCGGUUCUGGGACCAGCACACGGCAGCACAAAGUAUUCUGAAAGGAGAAUUCUUGUGGAGUUCCGCAGGGCUCACAGCUCGGUCCUUUGGGUUUGGCGGUUCUGGUUCUGGUCGGUCUGCUCCGAUCCAAACUGCUGUGUGCCUGUAAAGUUAGAUUAAUCACUUUUUGCAGUUUUCUGGUGCAUCCAGUGGGAGUGUGUUUAUGUGAUGCGUGGCUGAGAGGAGACCUGUGUGUGUGAUGAAAGCAGGAAGCGUUGCCAUGGCAACAGGAACGGUUGGUUCUCAGGACGCGAAACUGAACCGAUCUCAGGCCUGUGAGUUACUCCGACCCGGUUCUGUUCUGAGGAACAACCUUCACUCACGCCUCAGUGUCGCCCCCUGGUGGCGGUUUCCUCUUCCUGCUCUCUGGAACGGGUCGGUUCUGGAACGGGUCAGUUCGGGAUUUCACAGGGGAACAAACCAAAGCGGAGCAGGAAGUGGAGGCGUGGCCAAGCCGAGUUCUUACCUCUGAUUGGCUCUCAGGGUCUCACCGUCUUCUCUCCCUGUUUCUCUGUGGGGAGCAAGGCAGUGUGAACCGUAGGGGUCAUGGGGUCAUGGGGUCACGGGUUCUGGCUCCAUGAAGCUGUAAACUGAUUUAGCUGCUAGGAAAGAACAUUCCACAUGAAGGACGGGGGGCUCCUUCCAUCAGUGUGCAUAGAAAAUGAUAUCCAUAGACAGAAGAUGCUCGCUGUAUUUUUUAACCUGAGUUGUGUGUUUGUGCAGCAGGUGGCGCUGUUCAGAGACGAUGCAUCUUCCUCCGUUAGAUCAGCUGAUUUCACGUUUCCAUCCAGACUGGGGGGGUUGUCGUUCUGACACGUUGACCUGUUAAACUGAUCCAGGAGUUAUUAUGCGAUCGUUACCGCGGUUACAGUCGACUCUGUCCUGUGUGUUACAUGAAGCAGAAGUCAGGCGGGUGUGGCGUUGUCCAAUCAGAGAGCUGGCCUCUAACGCGCUGUGUCCCUCUGCUGGACCCGCUCAGCUCAGAACCAAAGUAGCAGACGGUUGGAUCUGCAGGGACGCCAGCUUUUUAAGUUUCCCGUCUCUUAUCUCGGAUUCCUUUAGCUUGAAGCUGAACCGGCUCCUCCUACCAGAAGCUCAGGUCAGAAGCAGCGUGCAGAGAGCUGGACUCAUGCAGGAAUAUAAAUGUGACAAAACACUGGAUGUGCAGCAGAGGAGCUCCUCAUGCGACCCGAUGCUCUGGAGCGUUGACCCCACCAGCGGUUCUGGUGAAACUCCUCUGGACGUUAAAGGAAGUCAGAGAUCAGAUCUGCUUCUGGCUGCUGAACCAAGAAACGUCCGAUCAGGCGGCCAGGCCGGCCUGCUGCCCAGUCCAGCAUCACAACUAUGCAAGAGGAAUGCAUUUAAUCCAAACUUUAUUUUUCUGUUUUUAUAUUUGCUUUCCAUUUUCUCGCCGUCACAGAGCAGCAGUGAUAGAUGUGAACUAAGAGAUCGUGCAAUGACAAUACUUGGCCUUAUGAUGAUGAUUUCUGAGAUCUUGUAAUCAUUUUAGUCUGAAGAUGUUUUGAAGUGUGACCAGCCAACCCGGCGGCGGCAGCGGGUCGCUCUUGGUCUCCGUGAGACCGGCUAGACGGCCCCCGGUUCUAUCGUGGUACGAAUGUUGUGCAUUUGUUUCAGAUCAGGACAGUUUGCAAUAACAGCAGUUUUACAAGUGGCCACAAGGGGCAAUGUUGACGGCGCCCGGCUGCGCCUUUAGAAAACCAUAGAGGAAGAAAUAGAAACUAUAUAAAGAGAUGAAUAUAUAUGAAGUGCAUAUUUGUAACGGUAUCAGCGACUCAUCGUGGUGUUUCCUCUUAUGCAACUCUUGUCCGGGUUCAGAUUCUGAACAUGAAGUUGAUUCUAAAACCACGCAGACUUUGUACAUCAGACCCCAUGUUGUUGUUGUUUUGGCUUUUAUUUUUGCAGAAAUGGUUUUACUCUGAGUGUAACUUCCUGUGUGACUGUUUGCUGAUGUAAGUGCUGGGUUUCUCCUUCCUCCUCCAAGCAGAGACUCAGACCUCCUGACCCCCGACCUCCAGAACACACAGCUGGACCCGCCUCACACACAAAUCCAUCCGGUCCCUCUGGAAUCUGCACAGAUCAAACUUUGAGCUCCAACGAAUGAAUCCGACCUGAGAAGGGCUGGUUUCAGCGGGGGGUCAGGGGUCGUCUCUCCCUGCAGGAGGGUGGGGUUUUAUUGGGGAGGCGAGGGGGCAGCAGGACCUCUGAACUGACCGGGACGGAGCAGAAUGGACGGUCGGCCUGCUGACUGUUGAUUGGAAAUGAUGCUGAAUGAAUGCUUCUCUUCUUUUAGUCAGUCAAUAAAAACAUUAAAAAGUCA